AUGGGUAAGCCGCCGAAGCAACCCAAGUAUACCCUUCUAACAACAUCAGGCCUCACCCCAGUCCACUUCUUCUCGCACGGCUCAACAAUGAUGCUGGGCGAGGAGUCCGAGUCUGCCGACUACUGGCGCAAGUGCGGUGCCGAAGCUCUCGCGCGCGGAAUCAAGGGCGUUAUCAUUAUGGGAGCCCACUGGGACGUCCUAAACGACGGCCUCGAGGUCGCCACAAACCCAACGCCCGCAAAAUCCCCCGUCGCCUACGUCCACCCAGACAAAUACGAGAACUACAAACUCACCCCGGACAUUCCCACCGCACACCGAUGCAUCUCCAUGCUGCGCGCCGAAGGCUUCAACGCCAACCCCAACAACACCUUCGACUGGAUCCACGAUGUCUACCUAAUCCUAAUCCACAUGUUCCCCUCGCAGUCCCCGCCCACAACCAUCAUCAGCAUGAACGCGCGCUACGACCCGCACUACCACGUGAAGAUCGGAUCCGUGCUGCGCCCUCUCCGCGCCGAGAAUUACCUCUUGAUCGGAACGGGCGGUGCAGUGCAUAAUCUGUACCGGAACAGGUGGGCGCCGAUGCUGCGGUUCCGGGAUAACUUCGCCAUGGAGACGCCGCCGGAGGACUGGGCGCUGGAGUUCCGGCAGGCGGUCGAGGAUGUUAUUACGAAGACGGGGGGCGGGCCGGCUUUGAGACGGGCGAUGACGAGGCUGAUGAAGCAUCCUAGGUUUCGGGAUGCGCAUGCCACGGAUGAUCAUUUUAUGGCGGCGUUGUUUGUCGCUGGGCUUGUGGGGGAUUGGGAGGAUAGGGGGGUGAAUGGGGUGCUGGCGGCGGAGAGUUGGGAGUUGACGAAUAUGUGCAAUUCGCAGUUUACAUUGGGGAACUGGAAGGAGACUCCCGUAGCUGCUUAG